AUGCAGCUGGUGCCGCUGGGAUUUAGACAGGCGCUCGCCGGCCUUCUCGACGUCGCCGAGGAGGUCGUGCGCAUAGUCAAGUCGACUACCACCCCCUCCUUCGGCGCUGGGUCCAGUGGCGACGUGGUAUUAGGGCUCAUCGGCUCGGAAACCGAGAUCGCAUGGACCACCCUCAAGUCGCUGCAGAGAGCGCUGGCCAGCCUAGACGAUGUGCCCGCCGAGAGCCGCGCCCUAGUCGAGAUCCGGCCGAUUGGCGCGUUCAAGCGGCUCAAGCAUCUGGACGGGAGCCUAGGUCUCAAGCGCGACCUGCGGCAGCCGCGCAUGCAGCACGUCAUUAUCGACGAGAUAGGCAUCCUGGAGUUCAGCUUGUAUAACGCGGGCGACGGCGGGCACGACUCGGCGACAGCAAGCAACACGCUCGAAAUCAACCUCGGCUCCGCCAGCCGCCGUCUCCGAUCAGUCCCGCUGAACCCGCCGGGACAGCCGCAGCUGAGCAUCUCGUGCGACGCCGUGUUCCAGCUGCGCCAGGUGACGGAGCCCGUCAUGGCCGAGUUCUUCCGGCGGGCGGUAAGCGUGUCGCGGUUUGCGCACAGCUUCCCCAGCAGCGGCACCGUCGACGACGCCGACGUGCCGCUGCAGCUUGGUGCCAGCUGGCCCGAGCAGAUGACGGCUCUCUCGCGCGAGCAGCUCAAGAACCUCUGCACCGACGCCUACGACGAGCUCGUGCGCAGUAACAAGGCCGACGCGUACGGCCCCGCCGCCGUCACGGCCGCCCUAGCCCUCGUCGACGAACUGCCUCCCCCCCUGCAACAGAGCUAG